CCCCCCUCCUGUUCUCUCUGUUCUCUCCAUCACUUCAACUCUACUCUUCCAAACCAAAGCAAUGUCCUCUACCACUACUAUUACCACUACCCCUACUGCCACCGGCUACCGUCUCAACGGCGACGCCUGCCAGGACUACAAGUUCAAGCCCAUCAGGGAAGCCGAGGUUAACCGCGAAAUGACCCAUCGCUACUUUACCGACAUGAUCGAGUAUGCCGAAAGCGACGUUGUCAUCGUUGGUGCUGGCAGUGCUGGCUUAUCGUGCGCCUGGGAGCUUUCCAAGGACCCUUCGAUCAAGAUUGCCAUUAUCGAGCAAUCUGUCGCCCCUGGCGGUGGCUGCUGGCUCGGCGGCCAACUCUUCUCGGCCAUGAUUGUUCGCAAGCCCGCCCACACCUUCCUCGAGGAUGUUGGUGUGCCCUUUGAAGAAAAGGAGAACUAUGUUGUCGUCAAGCAUGCUGCCCUGUUCACCUCGACCAUCCUGUCCAAGUUGCUCCAGCGGCCCAAUGUCAAGCUCUUCAAUGCCACUGCUGUCGAAGACUUGAUUGUCAAGCAGGGUGAGGUCAAGGGCGUCGUCACUAACUGGGCUCUCGUUACGUUGACUGGCCAUGACACCCAGUCAUGCAUGGAUCCCAAUGUCAUUGAGGCCAAGGUUGUAGUUUCCGGCUGUGGCCAUGAUGGUCCCUUUGGUGCUUCUAUGGUCAAGCGUCUUCAGUCCAUCAAGUUGGUCGAAAAGGGCUGUGGCAUGCGCUGCCUCGAUAUGAAUUCAGCUGAGGAUGAAAUCGUCAACCAGACCCGCGAGAUUGUCCCGGGUAUAGUCAUGACUGGCAUGGAACUGGCUGAACUUGAUGGUGCCAGCCGCAUGGGCCCAACAUUUGGCGCCAUGUUGAUUUCGGGCCAAAGAGCCGCUUUCGCUGCACGUGCUUCUCUCCAGAGACAACGGGAUGCUGAAGAGCAGACCCAGAACAAGAUUUCUCACUAAAGAAAUGAGGUACGUGCUGAUUGUGAUAUCGUGGAAAACUAUUAGUCCCUGUGUUUUUCUCGAUUGCAAUUGGCACUAGGGGUGCUUGGAUCUUUUAAGGAACUUUCCUUCUCCUUCGUGGAGCGGGAGGGAUCUUUAACUUUUUCAGGCUGAGACUUUACCCUUGGAACUUGACUCUGGAUAAUACCAGCGAAAGGAAGUGUCAUUGCGUGUUUAUUAACGCAUCUUUAUUCUCUUGCUUGUAAUUUUGUGGUAAUAAACGCGACUUUACCUUUUCCUUCUUUUAAAA